AAAAAAUUGCAGUCUGUAACGACAAGUCAAAUUUCAACAAGCACUUCUACGUAUCGGCUAUCUUUUGUAUGCAGAUUACAUCCGGAAGUGUUGACAUUAUGUUGACAGUGACGUCAACGCCCACAAAUCCUGAGCGAUGAUUGGUCAAUCGGGGACACACCUCCAAAAUCCUCUUGUAUCCGGGCCAGCUGUUGAACCGCAGACAUACUGGUACCCGCGUUGUACGGUACGCAUAGGCCGUGACGUGAGACCAACGCGGAGAGAAUGCUAUGCAAUCGCCAUGCAAUCGCCAUGCACAUCGAUCACUGAGCUUUCAGUCGACUAGUCCACGCAGCUGUAACGACACGAAUCAGCUUUUUAUCCCUGAUAUUUUGCUGUCAACACUCAAAGGACGGAGGAGAACGUUCAUCAGCCAAGCUUGGGGAAAGAUAUGAGUGCAACUUCAAUGGCACGGACGGGGAGACAUCAAAAUUGCAGCGAGGAAUUUGACCGUACGAACUCUAGACAAAGUGAUCAAAAGUCACAGGAAUCAGAAAGUAAUUGCCAGGAGAAUAGUCGACAGUGAGCGGUUAUCUUCAUCAGUGUGACGGUGUACCUCAUCUGUAUAUAGAUUUUUACCUUUGUAUAUUUGGACAAAGCUUCGUGCCUGAAAUCCGUGCAAUACCAAACUUUUGUACCAGAAAAUAUAAAUUUUGUGAGGAAAUUUCUCAUGCCUAGAAUUAUUGAUCAGAUUUGGGUCUUUUCUGAGCAUAUGUAAAAUCCUGGUUGUUGUUUUUUUAUAAGUGAAGGGAGCUUUGAGCGUAUAAUCUUUUUUUGAAAUUUCAAAAAUAAAACGGUUGGGUUUUUGUUUUUGGGUGUCAUUCCUCAAUCAAAAUGGUUGGGUUUCAACCCACCGAGAUACCACCCACAUUGGGUAUGAAAUUUAUCAGUGCCGGCCUGGCAGCAUGUAUUGCUGACGCAGGAACGUUUCCCUUGGACACAGCAAAAGUACGACUACAGAUUCAAGGUGAGAGUUCUUCGGCACAGAAGCAGGGUUUCUCCUUUUCCAAAGCCAAAGAAGAGAAAGCUAAAUUCAAGUACCGUGGAAUCUUCGGCACUAUCACCACCAUCAUACGACAGGAGGGGCCUCGCAGCCUAUACAACGGUCUGGUACCCGGACUGCAGCGGCAAAUGUGCUUCGCAUCAGUCCGGAUUGGACUGUACGAUUCAGUGAAGCAGUUGUACACAGGUUACAUGGGAAUGCACAUUGUGACGAGAAUUUUAGCCGGUAUAACAACUGGGGCCUUGGCAGUGUCAUUGGCUCAGCCGACAGAUGUGGUGAAAGUACGCAUGCAAGCACAGACUAACAUUGAUCCCACCAAACCCAAGCGGUAUACAGGAGCUGUGCAUGCGUACCGGACGAUAGCCCGGACUGAAGGCGUCAGGGGGCUUUGGAAAGGAACAAUGCCCAAUAUUACGCGGAAUGCUAUUGUCAACGCUAGCGAAUUGGUGGCCUAUGACAUGAUCAAAGAGCGCAUUCUCAAGACGGGGCUUUUAGCCGACAUGUUCCCCCUCCACUUCAUCUCAGCGUUUGGUGCCGGGUUUGUCACUACGUGUGUUGCCUCCCCUGUGGAUGUGGUCAAAACCAGGUACAUGAACUCCCCACCAGGCCAGUACAAAGGAGCCAUUGAUGUAGCAGUCAAGAUGUUUAGGGAAGGUGGUCCUCUGGCGUUUUAUAAAGGAUUCAUGCCGAAUUUUGUACGUCUUGGCUCCUGGAACAUCGCCAUGUUUGUUUGCUAUGAGCAACUGAAGCGAGGCUGCGUAAUCAUGUUCAACUAGUCCCACCUGGCCUAGAUGACCCCUGGGUCAUUAGAGGUCAGUGACCUUCAGCUAGCAACAUUCAAAGAGGUCCAACAAGUUGAUUUAUCAGUUAAAACCUAAACAAAGGUGAAGCAUUUGGGAGGAAUGAAGUUUUUAAAAAGCAUUGUGCUGGAUUGCUAGCUGAAAUGUACUCGCUGUAAUGUUGUGCUAAUUGUAAUGAGUGUACACUCAAUGAUGAAAGGGGCAAUGGUUCUCAAGCUGAUUUAUGGAGUGUACUUUACCAGAGAGACACAACACCGGAAGUUGCUGGAAUGUUGGCUGGCUGACAUUGGACAGUGUAGACACUACUUUGGUCAAUCAGUUUAGAAUCUGUGUCCUGUGAAUGCGAGUAUUUCGAUGAACUCCCAAUGUGACUUCUAAAUUCUUCCAUUUAAAAGCCAUGCAACUCUGAAAUUAGCUACUGAAAAAGCCAUUUGCGAGUCAAAUUUAAAUAAAAUCUUGGAACGCUGACUUAAUCCAAUGCUUUGCACACUUUAACUUUGCAUUCUCCUGACCAAAGAGACUGUUACUAUAUCACUUGCUCGGGGCAAGCCUUACGCUAGCAACCCCAGCUCCGGCAUGGUCAGGUGUCUUUGGGCCCAUUGUGAACAUAUUGUAUUGUAUAAAAUAUUGGUGCUAAGCGUUUUAUGUCACUAUGCAAGAGCUUGCCCUGCAUCAUGUGAUGCAAGAACAGUGUCUUAGGUCUGGAGAUAUUCAAAGUUAAAAUGUGCCAAGCAUUCUGAGCAAGUCAGUGUACCAGAUGUUUUUCAAAUUUAAAUCCCAAAGGGUAUAGGUCACUCGCAAUGGCUUAUUGGAUUACACAUACAUGUAAGACAUCAAAAUUGAUGUUUUUGGAGUUAAAAUAUGCCUGAUUUCCUUUCCCGAGACGUUGGAAAGCAGGGAAGCAAAAUUGACUUGUGUACUGUAUUUCCCCACCAAGAAACUAUACCAUGGCUAAUACCUUAGGCUAAUCUUAGCAAUGGAUAUCCCAUAAUAAAACCAGGGCUGCUAUUUGAAUUGACCUCUAUCAAUGUGACUGUCGUAGGUGGGUGCUGGUUGCCUGAGUUGCUGGCUCCAAGCUCCAACAGAAUAUUUGGUGAUUUGUUGGAAAAUACUUCUUGGCUUUAAUAAAGAAGUCAGAGAAAAGUUUGCAAACACAAGUCAAAAUAUUCAAUGCCUCUUUAAUUUUCAACAUCAAAGUUGACGUUUAGCAGCCUCAGUUGUAUAGUAGCUUUGAUUUGUGACCCUAUUUUUAAAUUUGGAAAGGGAAGGGGUUUUUUUUAGUGGUGAUUUUGUUGUUUUUAUUUUCAAACGUAUGCCGGGGAGUACUGGAAGAAUUGUAUUGGAAUAUGAUCUAGCAAAAGGGGAUUCUUUUCUCAUUUGUAUCUAAAUAAUACCCAGAAUGAGCUAUUUUUCGUACAAAUGCACUGUGCUGAAUAUUUCAAUUGGAAUGUCUAAUUUACUCAUUGUAGACGGCCGGCACCAAAAGCAAACUUCAGGAUUUGAAUGUAAAAUGUUUUCAUUAGAGUUAACACAUUUUUUUUUUUUGGACUUAUAGCAGCUUUGAAUCACUGCAAGAAUGUUUACGUAAAUUGGAGCGCCUCAAGUGCCUGUAAUUUGCAUAAUCAUUUGGAUAUUUUGUAAAUGGAUCAAUUUAAUGGCAUCAGGAAUCAGUGCUGCAGUUACAGGCAGUACUCGUAUUGAUUUUUGUAGAUUUGUACCUAAUGAAGAUUAAUGUAAAUUAUAUUGUUCAGAAAAGUUAGUGUAAAAGUUAUGCAGAUAUUUGUAAAUAUAAACAAAGAGGCUUCGCCUCGCCUUACUACGUGGGGGAGGUGACAUCACCGCCUGUCAUCCGCUCCGUGUCCUCAGGCAAGUUCCCGGGCAACUCGUGAACACUCACACUCAUACACGUGUACUCGUACCGCUGUAUUAUAGCGAUGAUUGAAGAUGAAGUACAUGUACAUGUAUGUAUAUGCACUUAACAUAAGCACAAACAAGAGAGUUUUGACGAUUGUUAUAGACCAUUUCAUCGCCAACCAAGAACGCUUAUUUCAUGAAGCCAUCUAGCAAUGCUCUUGAACUUUCUUUGAAACAACAAUGUUACAACAGUGCAUGCUUGUGCAUCUCUACAUUAAAAAGACAUUCACCCUUAUUUGGUUAUGGGCUCUGUGAGCCAACAAAAGAGAGUCCUGAGGACGGUACACACAUCGUGUAACUGGUUCACACGCGAAGUGCGCAUGACUGCAUGAGUAGGCCAAAGCUAUUAGCUACAGCCUCUUCACUUAAGCGUCAGGCGUCAUCGGCGUUUGAAUAAAUUCGUAUUUAACUUGCGAUGGUCUCCCAGACUAAUCCCCGCCCCCAAUAACUUUGGACCAUUCCAAAUAUGCAGUGAAUGGACCAGAAACCAAUCUGGGUCUCUCACAACUCCCUUUUCUGACCGUUGAAGGGGUAUAGGUGCACGGAGCCCAUACUAAGCCACCCACAUGUAUCUGGCUAAAUUUACCAGAUGAUUUGUGAGAAGUGUGUUAUGUGUGGCUGUGAAAUAACUGAACUUGAUGAAGUGGUCUACAGCAAGAAUGUAAACUAUAGUCUGUUUUAGUAACCAACUUAGUUUUAUCCCGAUACUACAUUUAUUACUGGCUGAUAUUUCAGAAACCAUUCGGGCUUCAUGAUGCUGAAAUUCAUCAACAAAAAUAAAGAAACCUUCUAUUUUGACAUAGAAGGCCAGUGCCCUCUUCGCCUUCCAUGCAUUUUAUUAACAUUCACCUAGCCUCAGCUUCUGAGCAGAGGUUUUUUAGAAAAUAAAAUAGUGGUGCAUGUAUAUUAAUUUAACAGAUAUUUUUGUAAUCUUCUUAUAUUGUACAGCUGAUCUGUUUUUUUUCUUCACUUGAAUGGAUUGUUGAGAAAGGGAUUUCUCAUUCUCAGAUUGUUUACUUCAUUGCCACUUAUUUUGGCUAUGGUGUGAUUCACAUGUGUCUCUCCAUGGUCAACUUGUUAGACUAAUUUUUUUAAUCCUAAGACAAAAUAUAGAAACACAACUGUCAUGGGAGACAUAUAUAACUACAGCAUUUAUCCAAGAAUAAAUUUAUUUAUUAAUAUAAAUUUUUUGUUCUCUCGAUUUUAACAGGGCAAAUUUGUUUUACAAACCUAGUGCCACUAAACUGGUACGACAGACCAACAUCCCAAAUGUCAAAAAAGGAGUUCUAGCGCCCCAGUUGGUGGGACUAUUGCAAACCAAUAGUCAGUUUUAACUUAACAUUGUAAAAAAAACUGUAUUAGUACACAUGUAUUAUUAUUAUUUUGCUGAAAUUUGAAGUAACUUGAGAUGGUACAAAUUAAUAGUGUAGCUGAAAUUCCGGUGGCAUCAUUUUUCUAUGGGGAACAUGUGUUCAAAUUUGUCUUCUUUUUUUCAUUGUACAGUCAUUCAAAUAUGCCCUGACUUAGGUUCGCUAGUAAGGUAGGGCCAUAGUCUAUAUAUAGUUGUCUAGAGUCGUCCUGUUAUUAUCUGAUUAUGUCCGAAUGGGUGUGUUGAAAUGAAUUAACACAUAACUUCAAAAGUUA